AUGGGGAAAAUGUUGAAUGGCUUUGACCUAUUUGUUUAUGCUGUUCUAAUACUAAUCUUAUUGCUUCUUGAACAUGAAAACCAAUAUUGCUUUGCAGGAGUACUAGAGAAGAAGAACAAUGAGUCGCAAAUCGGCACCAAAUGCGACUUGUUUGAUGGGAGUUGGAUUUACGAUGAUACAUACCCACUCUACGACACAUCCAGCUGCCCUUUUAUUGACAGAGAGUUCGACUGUCAGAAAAAUGGACGCCCGGACAGUCAAUAUCUCAAGUAUAGAUGGAAGCCUAAGGGUUGUGCAUUGCCCAGAUUCAAUGGUCAGGACUUCUUGAGGAGAUUAAAGGGGAAGAAGAUAUUAUUCGUAGGGGACUCUCUGAGCUAUAACCAGUGGCAGUCACUAACAUGUAUGCUGCAUUCUGCAGUACCCAAAGCCAAAUAUACUUCAUCCAGUAAAGGAGAUUUCUAUACGUUUCUUUUGCCAGAAGAUGAAGUUUCUGUGAUGUUUUCUCGCAAUAAGUUUCUAGUGGAUCUGGUCCAAACAAAGGAGGGCAUGGUUCUAAACCUUGACUCUAUUGAAGGAGGAAAGUUGUGGAAAGGAUACGACAUGCUAAUCUUCAAUACCUGGCAUUGGUGGCUCCAUACGGGACGCGAUCAACCAUGGAAGUACAUUGAAUCGGGAGGCAAGAUACUCAAGGAUAUGGAUCGUCUGGCUGCGUUUAGAGAGGGAUUAACUACUUGGUCCAAAUGGGUCGAUUCUAACGUUGGCAACACCAAAGUUUUCUUUCAGGGCAUAUCUCCAACUCAUUUCAAUGGAGAUGAAUGGGGAGGGCAAAAAUCAGCAAACUGCAUAGGACAAACUCAACCUGUUAAUGGCUCAACAUAUCCCGGAGGUUCACCACCACCGGCAGCGGUGGUCCAUGAAGUAUUGAACAAAAUGUCACAGCCAGUAACUCUGUUGGACAUAACGUUACUAUCCCAACUGAGAAAAGAUGGUCACCCAUCUCUAUAUGGCAUAGAUGGCAAAAAGGGAAAUGACUGUAGCCAUUGGUGUCUUGCUGGUGUUCCGGACACAUGGAAUGAACUAUUCUAUGCAAUUCUUGUGACUACUUAA